UUGUAGCGCGCUGAACGCGGAAACUGUGCACGACAAUCGCCGCCCGCCCUAACAUACGUAAACAAAACACGCGACCCUUGUAUACCGGUCACGGUCAGCUUGUGCCGAUAUUUAAAUUCUGUGAAAUUAAUUGUUUUCUGUGACAAGUUCUUGCAGACAGGGGUAAACGGCCCGACGAACGCCCACAGACUAUAGUAAAUAGUGUCCUGACUACUACGAUUACACACACUAUAAGAUGCAUCGUAAAUUAAAAAAUAGAUUCAAAACUAUACUGAACUAAUAAUCAAAGUAUGUUGGUAACGGCGCCGGCUUUCUCACAAAAAUAUGUCACCGGCGACGUGGUUUGUCGGCGAUAGAGUAUGGAAAGCAAUGUCAAAGACGAUUUCUUGGAGUGGGAGGGGCUCUAUCCACGGCUGGCAUCAAUCAACAACACGAAUACUUCAGCCUGGUUCACCUGGAAUGUCACGGAGCCCAACUCGACCUGGUGGGAUACCACCGAGGCCUUUGAAUCAUCAGCGGCGUUACUGCGCGCUGCCAUCAAGGCGAUCUUACUGGGAUUACUUAUUUUGGCGACUGUAGUUGGCAACGUCUUUGUUAUAGCAGCAAUAUUACUAGAAAGACAUUUACGUAGCGCUGCAAAUCAUUUGAUCUUAUCACUGGCUGUUGCUGAUCUUCUAGUGGCAUGUCUGGUGAUGCCUCUAGGAGCUGUGUAUGAGGUUGCCCAACGUUGGACUCUUGGGCCGGAGCUCUGCGAUAUGUGGACUUCAGGCGAUGUAUUAUGCUGCACAGCAUCCAUUCUUCACUUGGUUGCCAUUGCCCUGGAUAGGUAUUGGGCUGUAACAAACAUCGACUACAUCCACGCACGAACGGCUAAACGAAUCAGCUACAUGAUUGCGUGUGUAUGGAUUGCUAGCUUUCUCGUAUGCAUCGCACCGUUACUCGGCUGGAAAGAUCCUGAUUGGACCAGACGGGUUUCAGAAGAUUUACGCUGCGUUGUGAGUCAAGAUGUUGGAUAUCAAAUAUUUGCCACAAUGUCUUCUUUCUAUGUCCCAGUAUUGGUAAUAUUAAUUUUGUACUGGCGUAUAUACCAAACGGCAAGGAAGAGAAUUCGGAGACGACCUGGGACGACUAGUAGAGGUAUGGGUCCACCCCCUGUGCCCGCUGGAGGUGCGCUUGUCGCAGCCGGUGGUAGCGGAGGGAUCGCGGCUGCUGUCGUAGCUGUGAUUGGUCGGCCGUUACCAACGAUAUCAGAAACCACCACAACUGGUAUGACAACUGUUUCAUCGAACAAUACCAGUCCAGAGAAACAAUCUUGUGCCAACGGUCUCGAAGCUGAUCCACCAACAACUGGCUACGGCGCUGUUGCUGCCGCAUACUAUCCAACUUUAGUGAGGCGUAAGCCAAAAGAAGCCGCGGACUCUAAAAGAGAAAGAAAAGCGGCGAAGACAUUAGCAAUAAUAACCGGCGCGUUCGUGGCGUGCUGGCUUCCAUUUUUCGUGUUAGCGAUCUUAGUACCGACGUGUGACUGUGAGGUGAGUCCGGUGUUGACGUCACUGUCCUUGUGGCUUGGGUACUUCAAUUCUACUUUAAAUCCUGUAAUAUACACGGUGUUUAGUCCAGAAUUUAGGCACGCGUUCCAAAGGCUGCUGUGCGGCAGAAGAGGAAGAAGACGCCGUGCCCCACCGUAGAGAAUUAUGUAGUUGAUGGUGCUGGAGUCACAAUAAUACACUCAUUUUUAUCAAUAAAAUUAUGUUCAUUGUUAAAUCAAAUCAAAUCAAAAUCUGAUUCAAUCCGGUCAAGGAGAUGACACUUAUGAAUGUCAAAAGGUUUUCUUUUUGCCAUUUACCUUCACUUUCGAAAGGUUUGAUCUUUAAUGAGAAGAAGUAGCAAGAAACGCAUUGGUACAUUUUUUUAAAUCAAUAUUUAAGGCUUAAUUGUUUUAUAAAUUAUUUGUAUUAUAUUAUAUGUAAACUGAUGCAGUAAACAUUCUCAAACGUUAAAAUAUACUCAAUGUA